GUGCUCAACGUGCAGGUCCCGUUCCUCUUCAAACACGCCGUCGACGAACUCAACUCCCUCACCGGGUACACCGCGAACUUCUCCGACCCCACCGGCCUCAUCGCUGGAAUCACCGUCGUCUCGGCCGUCCUGAUUGGCUAUGGCGUCGCUCGCGCCGGGGCGUCCGCCUUCAACGAGCUUCGCAACGCCUUGUUUGCGCGCGUCGCUCAGAACUCGAUACGGCAGGUAGCGAAGAGCGUAUUUCUUCACCUGCACUCGCUCGACCUCGGCUUUCAUCUGUCGCGGCAGACGGGGGCGCUGUCGAAAGCCAUCGACCGCGGCACGAGUAAGUCAACGAUCGUGCGACUGCUGUAUCGAUUCUUCGAGCCGCAGGCCGGGACGAUUAAGAUCAACGGUCAGGACAUCAACACGGUCACGCUGGACAGUCUGCGUCGCUCCAUAGGUGUCGUGCCUAAGUCAACGAUCGUGCGACUGCUGUAUCGAUUCUUCGAGCCGCAGGCCGGGACGAUUAAGAUCAACGGUCAGGACAUCAACACGGUCACGCUGGACAGUCUGCGUCGCUCCAUAGGUGUCGUGCCGCAGGACGCUGUGCUAUUCCACAACUCCAUAUUCUACAACCUCCAGUAUGUCAACAUCGCCCGGAGCAUGACCGUAGGAGACCUGGUCAUGGUCAACGGUCUGCUAUUCCAACUCUCCAUCCCGCUCAACUUCCUCGGCUCCGUCUACCGGGAGGUGCGGCAGGCCCUCAUCGACAUGACGACGAUGUUCAACCUGUUAUCCCUGCAGCCCGUCAUCAAGGUGCGUUGCCGCGGUGGCGAGAAGCAGCGGGUCGCCAUAGCGCGCACGAUGCUCAAGAAUCCACCAAUCAUCAUCUACGACGAGGCGACGUCGUCCCUCGACUCCAUCACCGAACUGCACAUCCGCAGUCGCUCUGCGGAAGCGUCACGGAGAUGUAACCGCACGUUGCGACGUUAUCGCUCCCGCCCCGGAUUACUGUCUUGGGACUAUCGACCGCGUCGACCGCCGAGAGAUAACUCGUGCUGA